UGGAAAGUCAUGCCUACAAAGGACAUCAGUUUUUGCUUACUUCCAUCUGAACUUAUCCAAUAUAUAAUCCUUCAACUUUCAUUGCCAGAGAUUAUCCAACUCAAAUCUGUAAAUAAGUCCAUUUUCUCUAUUAUUUCUGAUGGAGACUUCAUUCGUAACUACAAUCAUCAAUCAAGCUCCGCCACGUGGCUGUUCCUUUAUAAAAAACGUUGGCGUCGUGAAGCCCUUCUCUAUGGUUUUGCUGAUUCUUCCAAUCGUUGGUUCAAUAUAUUGAUAUGUGAUAUGUUGAAACAAGUGGUACCACCAGGUGAAGAUGUCUACUUUUUGACAGCUAAUGCUAAUAUAUUCCUCUUCGCUUUGAAUAAUACACAACAACUCAUGUCAGUUGAUAUUAUGACUAGGAUUGUCAAAAACAUCCCUCCAAGUCCUUUAGGUCCACGUGGUACAUCCUCAUGGCGAAGAUCCGGUAUGAAAUUAUUAUCUUGCCCUAAUUCUAAUUGUAACCAUUUUAGAUUCUUGUUUGCUGAAUACCAUCAAAAUCGUCCAACUUUAUUUGAGUAUAAUUCAAGAGUUGAAACAUGGGAAUAUAGUUGGGGAACAUCAGAUCAUGAGGUUGUUAGGCAAGACUACUAUUUGGAUGAUGAAUUUAUAUUCUUAAGUGCAUCUAAUGGAAGAAGUGGAAGUGUUAUCAUAGGCGUUGUGCGAUCUUAUGAAUGCAACACUACUAUCACUACUACUCCGCUAGUCAUCAGACCAACAUUCAAUGAGCAGCAUGCCGAAGAUCAUCGAUUAGCCGUUGGAUUUAGUUGGGGGGAUUCCAUAGAUCUAUUACACGUCUAUGGUGAUGGGAAUAUGAUGACUAUUAGAUCAGACAAAGUCAAUAAUAAUAGUAAUAAAAGAAAGAUAAAGAGAAUAGAGUUAUGGGGUUUGAGCAGAAAUAAUGGGAGGUAUUGGGAAUUUGCAUCAACAGCACCAAAUGAGUUGAUUCAUAAAAUAAGUAAACCAUAUGGUGCUAUGAUGGGGUGUAUGCAAAAAACACAAGGCAUAACAAGGGCAAUUUUGAUGACAAAUCUUGAGGGUACAUGGGAAACUAUUUGGUUAAGCUAUAACAACAACAACAAUCAUUGGGCCUGCCUUCAGUUACCUGACUGCAACAUGAAAGGCUCAAACCUGGCUGGAGUCACAUUCUCCUCUGGUUUAACAUUGUCCUAGCUACCUACCAUAUAUUCUAGGCACAAUGCUUAAACAUGACCCUUAACUUGACGUCAGUUGGCAACUUUGACCUUUAACUUUGGAUGUGCACAAGUAAACACUUAAACUUGUAUAAAAUUGAACAAAUGAACACAUUCGUCCUAUAUGGCACCUUACAUGACAAUUUUGAGUCCUACAUGGCGUCCUACGUGUAUUGUGCCAUGUAGGACACUUAUGUCUAAUUGUUCAAUUUUAUACAAGUUUAAGUGCCUACUUAUGCA